CCCCCGUGAAGUGAUACAGAACAGCCUCCGACCUGAACUGGAUUUCAGUUCGUAAACUAAAAAACUCUGGUCCCUCGUCAGGAAUCGGAAAUCCGAGGCUUGAUGGGUUACACCUAGCGAGGUUUCUCUCUGUUGUUCUGGGUUUCUUAAGCUUGCUUAGAUCAUUAAGGUUGCAGAGAUAAUGGGGAGACAUCAGUGUUGGAUUGAGCUGAAGUAUGAACCUCGCACUUCCUUUCGGAAGGAGUGUAAUCCUUAACGGUUUUCGCUUUUUUGCCAUAUCAAGGAAAUUUUGCGACAGGAGCUUCGGUGGUGACGAGACAGAUAAUGGUUUCCAUCAUUUCGAAGAACCCCUGAACAAAACCUGGGAAUUUUUGGACUCUGAUGGUGUUUUUGAUGAGAAGCUAGGACUGUGUGAACAUGAGAGCAGCGACCAAAGAGAUUUUUCAGUUAGGAGAAGGUUUUUGGAGAGUGCCAAGCUUGAUGCUUCACGGGUUCUCGAGACAUUAUUGCAAGAUGGGCCGGGAUUUGAUACGAAAUCGGCUUUAGACGAGUUGAGUGUUCGAGUCUCGGCUCUUCUCGUAAGACAGGUUCUUCUGGGGAUCUUGAGGGCAAUAAGUUUUGAUAAUAAAACCAGAUGUGCGAAGCUAGCAUAUAAGUUCUUCCUAUGGUGUAGCCAACAAGAGUGUUUCAGACACACGGCCAACUCAUAUCACUUACUUAUGAAGAUAUUUGCAGAGUGUGGGGAGUAUAAGGCAAUGUGGAGGCUGGUUGAUGAGAUGAUCGAUGACGGUUACCCGACCACUGCACGGACCUUUAAUAUAUUGAUAUGUACCUGUGGUGAAGUUGGCGUCGCAAGACAAGUUGUGGAGCAGUUCAUCAAAUCGAAGAGUUUCAAUUUCCGGCCAUACAAACAUUCGUAUAAUGCGAUUUUGCAUUCGUUGCUGGUUAUAAGUCAGUGCAGAUUGAUCGAUUGGGUAUAUCAGCGGAUGAUAGCAGAUGGGUUUUCACCGGAUGUUCUGACUUAUAACAUCAUCAUGUGUGCAAACUAUAGGCUCGGGAAAUUAGAUCAGUUUUAUCGGCUGUUUGAGGAAAUGGGUGAAAAAGGGAUCACUCCAGAUCUCCAUACAUACAACAUUCUCCUCCAUUUUUACGGGAGACGAGAUAAACCUCUUGCUGCUCUCAACUUGCUGAAGCAUAUGAGGGAAGUGGGGAUCAUCCCGGGAGUUCUGCAUUUCACCACGUUGAUAGACGGCCUGAGUCGGGCAAGAAACUUGGCAGCUUGCAAUUACUUUUUCGACGAAAUGGCGAAAGCAGGGUUCGUGCCGGAUGUGGUCUGCUACACUGUUAUGAUCACGGGAUACAUCGCAGCCCGGGAGUUUGAGAAGGCGGAAGAGAUGUUCAACGAGAUGACGCUCAAAGGGCAGCUGCCUAAUGUUUUCACGUACAAUUCAAUGAUCCGAGGGUACUGUGUGGCGAAAAAGUUCAAGGAGGCAUGCUCAUUGCUGAAGGAGAUGAAAUCAAGAGGGUGUGAGCCGAAUUUCGUCGUGUACAGUACACUGGUGAGUUAUCUGAGGGAUGCCGGGAGGUUUUGGGAGGCUGACGAGGUAAUAAAAGACAUGGUGGAGAGAGGAAAGUAUGUUCAUCUUGUUUCAAAGAUGAGAAGAUAUAGGAGAUGUUAAAGCAUACAUGAUUCAAUUGGGCCCCUUUGGGGCUCUGAGUUUUGUUUUAGGAUCGGUCACAAGUAGAGAGAGAGUAUGAUUGUUCUUGUGUAACUUCAAUUCUUUUUCUCCUUCUCAACAAAGAGUUCUUUCUCAAAGGAACACAAAAACAAAGCUUCAUCAA